AUGGCGUCGCAUGUUGCACAGCCAAAAGCCUUUACAUUCCAGCAUGCAGAGCUUGGUGAAAUGACGGGGUUGAUAACACCAGACAACGUCGUCCAGUUCCGAGCGAUUCCAUACGCCACGAUCCCAGCACGUUUCAAACAGUCGAUUCCUCUCAACGACCUCGGACAUACAAACAGACGGUUCACAGAGCACGGCUUCGCCUGCCCACAGACAUUCCCGGAUCGCGCAGCAGACGGGGGGCGGUUUGUGAACGAGGGCUCGCCCCCGCCAUCGGACGAAUUUCAUUGCCUCGUUCUCCACGUCAAUGUACCGCUCGUGGCUCUCCAGCACCCGCCGCGCGCUCGCUUACCCGUCCUGCUCUACAUUCACGGCGGCGGCUUCGUCCUCGGCGCUAUCGACGAGCAGCACAACACCGCGCUGUUGGUCGAGCAGUCGCUUCUCGAUGCCCGCCCCGUCGUCGGCGUCGCUAUCCAGUACCGGCUCGGCGCGCUGGGGUAUCUGCACGUCCCUGAGCGCGGCGGCGCGAAUCUAGCGCUCAACGACCAGCGGAAUGCGCUCGUGUGGGUUCAGAGGUUCGUCGGCGGGUUUGGAGGGGACAGGGAGGCGGUGACGGUGUUUGGCGAGUCGGCGGGCGCGGUGUCGAUUUGUGCGCAUUUGCUGUCUGAGCCGCCGGAGCUGGGCCCGCUGUUUCGCAGGGCGGUGGUCAUGUCUGGGGUGAUUGGGCCCGUGACGGCGCCGGUGGGGGUUGGAGAGGCGGAGGGGCAGUACGAGGCGCUGUUGGAGAUUCUCGGUAUUCACGAGGAAGGGGAGGCUGGGUUGGAGAGGCUGAGGGGGGUAGAUGUAGAGCAGCUUGUUGCUGCGACGUCGGCGCUCACAGAGGAUGGCUCCAUGUUGCUCUCUGUGCGAGAUCGAGCGUGGUUUGGCGAGGACGCGGAGACGGUUACUUGGGACAGAAUUCCGGAGCUCAUUGGGAAGUGCGAGUGGGUUGAUGCUAUCGUUCUGGGGACGACUAGCUUCGAGGGCACCAUGACGGCAACCCGCUACGCUUCCAUCACCCCCUCCGCCUUCCUCUCCAGCAUCGAAGCCCAACUCGGCGCUCCCGCAGCGUCGACCAUAAGCCGCGCAUAUGGCAUCACGGCCUCGAUGGACCAGAAUCUCUUCCUGACAAGCAUGCUCCGCUGGGUCGGCGACGCGCUCUUCGACGCACCAACCCACAUGCUAGCCCGCCACCUCAGCACCCAGACCAGCAAGCGCAUCUACCGCUACCUCUUCGACGUCCGCAACCCCUUCCCAAACAACGCUCUCUACCAGCAACCGCACCACUGGGUAGAUGUGUAUUUCGUCUUCAAAGCGCACCAGUUCCGCUUCCCGUCCCAACGACUCAAGGACAUCUCCACGCGGCACGCGCAGCUGUGGAUUGCGUUUGCGAAUGGAGAGCAGCCGUGGGCGGAAUACAAGUACACUGGUUGCGGGGAGGAGAGGGUCAUGGUGGCGGAUGAGCGCGAGGGGUGGGUAGAGAGGAGUGUGGAGCGUGUGGAGCGGGAUUUGGAGUGGGGAUGGGGGAGGUGCGAGAUGUUGGUGCAGGGGUGGGAGGAAGCGGGAAUGAAGGGAAAGGGGAUCAAUCCGUUGCAUCUUGAGGUCUUGAAGGGGACAAAGGCUGUUUGA